UUCAAGGGAAGAAGAAGAAGAACAUCUGCUGACGUCACAUCCUACGAAGAUGAUGGCGGUGUCCGCGGCGAGGUUGAGCGGAGCACCGAGGAAAUGCUGCAGGGCGCCGUCGCCACGCUGCAGCCAGAGCCGCAGCCUGAGCAGCGGUGAGUCCCUGCAGCAGGUACAUGAUAAUGACAUGAGCUCUGUCAGCCAAUCAGCUUCCUCUGCUUCUGCAGGUCUCCGCCCCCUGUCCAGAGCCCGACCUUUUACUCUGCUUAUCGUCACGGGAGGUUGUUACCUUGGUUACCAGCAGUACAAAAGGUGGGGCCAACAGGAUGAAGAGGCUGCACCCCAUGUAGCCACGCCUACUCAGGUGGCACUUUACCGGAUUCCGACUCGCUUUGUGUCCCGGGCCUGGGGCCGGCUCAACGGACUAGACCUACCCACCUGGCUCCGCAAACCCAUCUACUCCCUCUACAUCUGGACAUUCGUCAACAUGCAGGAGGCGGCAGUGGAGGACCUGCAUCACUAUAAGAACCUGGGCGAGUUCUUCCGCCGCCGCCUCAAACCCGCGGUCCGACUCUGUGCCGCUUCCUGCCUGACAUCGCCGGCUGACGGCAGGAUCCUCCAUUUUGGGCGGGUCCAGAACUCGCAGGUGGAACAGGUGAAGGGCGUGACCUACAGCCUGGAGAACUUCCUGGGACCGCCCAGCAGGUCGAGCCCGGGUGAGCGGCGCCCCCAGCAGAACUUCGCUUCCAGUUUGGGUUCUGUUUCAGAGCCGGGGUCCUUCCAGGACCGGCUGCUGUCGUCUCCGGACCGCGCCCUGUUCCACGUGGUUGUCUACCUGGCGCCGGGCGACUACCACUGCUUCCAUUCGCCGGCUGACUGGAGGGUGGAGCUGCGUCGCCACUUCCCAGGCUCGCUGAUGUCUGUGAACCCGGGCGGCCGUUGGGUCAAGGAGCUGUUCUGCCUUAACGAGCGCGUGGUGCUGAGCGGCCAAUGGCAGCACGGCUUCUUCUCCCUCACGGCGGUGGGCGCCACCAAUGUGGGCUCCAUCAGGGUCUACUUCGACCAGGAGCUGCGGACCAACGCUCCUCGCUACAGCAAAGGUUCGUUCCAGGACCGCAGCUACGUUGCCAUGGGCGACCAGGUGAAGGCCAGCGAAGGGGGCGUGGCCUUGCGUAAAGGCGAGCCUGUGGGCGAGUUCAUGGGCUCCACCGUCGUCCUGCUGUUCGAGGCGCCAGCGGACUUCACCUUUGACCUGCAGCCAGGACAGCGAAUCAGGAUGGGGGAAGCUCUCGGCAGCCUCUGAUUGGCCAACGGCCAGAGGCCAUCGCGCAUUGUUAUUGGCUGGAGACUCUGAGGGCAGAGCUUUGAGCAGGACGGACAAAAAGACACGGACUCAAAUUCCCAGAGUGCUU